AUGUUAUGUAAACAAUUUAAUGCAACGACGAGUGUGUGGCGUGAGAGGCGUAAAUUUUAUUUACUCCAGCAGAACGACGAAACAAUUACGGAAUGGUACGCCAAGAUACAUUCUUUUGCGAUGCACUGCAAUUUCGGAGCAGACUUAAAUAAGGCAAUUAAGGACAAAUUUGUGACGGGGCUAACGAGAGGGAAAAUUCUGGAUCGUCUGUGCGAAGAAGAGGACGGUAGAUCAUUGGACGAGUUAAAGCACAGGAUCACCGCCAUCACAAACUGGAACCGGAAACCAAUACCACAGGAAACAGAGACAGCCAUAUCCGGGUGCGCAACCAUGGAAGAGCAGCCAUGGAAGAAGGGAAGUGUCGAAUGGUCGGUUGGUAGCACCGGUUACAGACAAGGUCAGAUGACGGGGAGGAGUCACAGGCAAAUGUCAGGAAAAGAUAACCCUAUUUUAAAAUACUCGGGAGCUUCGGUAUCAUGUUGUAGUCACGAUACGUAUUUGAAAGAGUUUUCUAGUUUUAGGUUACGACAGGCGAAUAUGUUGUUGACGAGUUAUAAUGGAGACACAUUCUCACCUGUGGGAUGUUUUGAGGCGAAGGUGGAGUAUAACGGGAGGAUAAAACCUGUGAAGUUCUAUGUGGUCUCCGGUGGAGGACCGAGCUUGCUAGGCAGAAACUUCUUAGAAAAUUUUGAGAUCAAGGUCAGUUUAAUAAAUAGUAUAGAAACCGACAAUAAACUGAAAGAAUUAAUGCACAAAUAUAAUAGGUUGUUUUCUGAUAAAUUAGUUCCUUUCGCAUAUAAGAGGGUGGUUGAAGAGGAAUUGAAUAGAAUGGAGGCCGAGGGGAUCCUGGAGUCGAUACCUGAUUCAGAGUGGGCAACUCCAUUAGUGCCGGUAUUAAAGAGCAACGGAAAAAUAAGACUUUGUGGCGACUAUAAAGUAACUUUGAAUAAAUUCCUCGAAGAUUAUAAAUAUCCUUUGCCUAGAGUGCAGGAGGUAUACUCUAAAUUGAAUAAAGGAAAAUAUUUCUCAAAAAUAGACCUGCAAAUGGCUUAUAACCAAUUACCUGUAGAUGAGGAAACGGCAGCGUUACUAACAGUGAAUACAACGAAAGGGUUAUAUAGAGUGAAACGUUUGGCUUUUGGUGUUAAACCCGCAGUUAAUAUUUUUCAGAAAAUAAUCGAGAAUGUUUUAGGAAAUAUGGUAGGAUGUUGUAAUUUUCUGGAUGAUAUCAUUGUGAGUUCCGAGACAGCGGAAGAGCAUCUGUUGAACUUGGAGGAGGUUUUUAGAAGACUGCGGGAUGCUGGGUUCACAGUAUCUAGAGAUAAGUGCGAAUUUUUCAAGAGAGAGGUACGAUAUUUGGGACAUUCAAUCAGUGAAGCUGGAUUGAGGAAAACGGAUGACAAAGGGCGAUAUUGCAAGCAACAAGACCAAUGA